UCGUCGGGCCGCGGCAGUCGUCGUCGUCGUCCGUGUCGCGGGCGGGUGCAGUCUAUCGCGAAAAUCGCGCACGAUCGUCUUAUAUAUUAUAUUAAUUAACGAAGAAAAAAAAUGAAAGAAAACAAGACGCACACUCGAAUAUACCUACCUGUAAGUACGACGUUAUGAUUCGAAAACGACAUCGGGACGCAACCGUCACGCGGCGAACUUGAAAUCGUCCAAAGGCCAGACGUCCAAUAUCCCCCCCCCCUAAUACGACCCAAUAUCGAUGCACUUACCGUCAUAUAUUUAAUAACCUUUCGUACGAUAAAAUGCCAUCAAAUAAAAUAUCAGUUAAUAUCGAAUAAUAUAUAUUAUCGCCCGUCUGCCAUUACCCUGCAACCGUCACCCAUCACCCGUUGAAAUAUUCGACCCCCCUCCACCCCCGACCACAUUACGUGAUGCGGACGAUGCGGUGGUCGUCACCGCCGUCGUGGCGUUCGGUGGUCGUUGUCAUAGUGGCCGCGUUGGCGUGCGCCGCAGACGCCGCUAAUAUACUGGCCGUGGAGACGAUGGCCGGCAUGAGCCAUUGGAACUUCAUGAGCGGCGUGCUGCGAGCGCUCGUCGACAACGGGCACGCAGUCACCGCGUUCACGCCGUUUCCGACGCGGCCGGACGGCCAGCGCUCGCACGUCAACUACACGGAAGUAGACCUGUCCCGGGAACUGUUGACCUCCGUGAACAACCGGUUGACAGACGUCCAGCAAAAGUGGAGCACGCCCGUCGGCCAAAUAUACAAGUGGUUGCGGCUCAGCCGGAACGCGUGCGACAAGAUCUACGGUCACCCGGCCAUGAAGGACGCGCUGCAGCGGCACCUGGAUGGCCGCGCGCGAUUCGACGCGAUUGUCGUCGAGCCGUUCCUGUCGGAUUGCGUGUCGUACGCGGCCGGCCGAUUGCGCGUGCCGCUCGUCUACGUCACGCCGCUGCCGGCCAUCGGGCUGAUGGAACGGGCGCACACCGGCCACGCGUCCAAUCCCGCGGUCGUGUCGCACCUGGUGGCCGACCACAGAAUUCCCAGGACGUUCGCGCAGAGGCUGAGCAACGCGGCGCUUUCCGCGUACUGCGCUGUGGCGGUGGUAUGCGCGAACGCGGCGCUCAGGUAUGUCGAGCCAAGAGAGUACGAUGCGGUGCCGCUCGUCACGCCGUCGCUGAUAUUCGUCAACGGCCAUUACAUCAGCGAACCGUCCAACCCAGUCGCGCAAUCCGUCGUCCACGUCGGCGGCAUACACCUGAAACCACCCGAGAAGUUGCCGGAGGAUAUAUUAGAUUUUAUAGAACAAUCUUCACAUGGAGUCAUUUUUUUCACUUUUGGUUCAACUGUUAAAAUGUCUUCACUUCCAGAACACAUCAAAAAUUCAUUUAUUGAAGUUUUGGCACAAAUUCCUCAAAGAGUGUUAUGGAAAUAUGAAGGUGAAUUAAAAAAUAAACCAAAAAACCUAAUGAUAAAAAAGUGGCUUCCUCAACGAGAUAUUCUUAUGCACCCUAACGUAAAAUUAUUCAUCAGUCAUGGUGGUAUAUCUGGAUUAUAUGAAGCGGUAGAUGCUGGUGUACCAGUACUUGGAUUUCCAUUAUUUGGUGAUCAACACAGAAAUAUAGACAAUUUAGUCAAUGCCGGAAUGGCAAUCUCUAUGGACUUAUUUUCUGUAUCUGAAGAAACAUUAUUAAAACAUAUUUUAGAACUUGUCAACAACAAAAAGUAUCCAAUGAAUGCUAAAACUACUUCGAACAUAUUCAAAGAUCGACCGAUAACACCAGCACAAUCGGUCGUGUACUGGACCGAGUAUGUUCUUCGUCACAAUGGUGCACCACAUUUAAAAUCUCAUUCAAUUAAUUUAACAUGGUUUCAAUAUUACUUAUUGGAUGUUAUUUCUUUUGCAAUAAUUUUAAUAUCUGUGGUUUUUUUUGCAGUCUAUAAAAUGUUAAAAUGUAUUUAUAAAUGUACUUUAAUAUUUUAUCAUCAUAAUGUAAAAGCAAAGAUAGAAUAAACAAUGAACUAAUAAGGAAUUUGUAACAAUAAAACAAAACGAUUUUAGACAAACGUAA